UCUCGUCACGUGACAGCUCAGCUGACCGGGGAAGUGAAGUUUGCUCUGCCUUUGUGUCGUCGUGUUGUGUUGUUUGUGUGUGUGAUGCUGUAGACCUGUAAACCUUUGUGGACCGGGACAUGGAGCGGUACGGGUCGGAGACGGAGGCGGACGAGCAGGAGACGCCGCUGCUGCACCGGGGACACGAAGACAAGCCGCAGAGAGCCCCGGCAUGCUGCUCAUCACGCUACGGCCUGGCGCUGCUCUCCUCCUUUGGCUUCUUCGUGGUCUACUCCUUGCGAGUGAACCUCAGCGUGGCCAUGGUGGACAUGCUCAACAACACCCACCAGUCCAACGCCAACCACAGCGGCUCAGUGUGUCCCGCUCAUGCCAACCCUCCACGGCCCAAACACAACCACACGGCCAGCGUGUACGACUGGGACUCGGAGACACAGGGCUGGAUCUUGGGCUCCUUCUUCUACGGUUACAUCCUGACACAGAUCCCCGGGGGAUACUUGGCCGGCCGCUACGGACCCAAGUGGCUGUUGGGCUUUGGAAUCCUGGGAACUGUAGUUUUUACGCUGCUCACCCCUGUGGCUGCCGACCUGGGUGCGAGCUACCUCAUCGCUGUCAGGGUGCUGGAAGGGAUAGGAGAGGGAGUUACAUUCCCUGCAAUGUACACCAUGUGGGCAGCGUGGGCCCCGCCGCUGGAGAGGAGUCGACUGCUCACGAUUUCCUAUAUCGGAGCUCAGUUGGGGACGGUAAUCGCUCUUCCUCUGUCGGGUGAAAUCUGUUUCUACCUGGACUGGACCUACGUCUUCUAUAUAUUUGGUGCUGUUGGCCUGGUGUGGUUCGUCUUGUGGGCGUUCCUCGUCUUUGACAGUCCAAACACUCACCCACGGAUAUCAGAGCGGGAGAGACGCUACAUCACCACGUCACUCAAGAACGAGCUGUCCACCUCGGCGCGUCAAAUCCCCUGGAGAGCCAUCGGGACGUCCACGCCGCUGUGGGCCAUCGUCGUGGCUCACUUCUCCUACAACUGGACCUUCUACACCCUCCUCACACUGCUGCCGACCUACAUGAAUGACAUACUGGGAUUUAGCAUACAGCAGAACGGCAUGCUGUCAGCUCUUCCUUACCUGGGCUGUGCUGUGAUGGCUGUGCUGAGUGGCCAGUUUGCAGAUUACCUGAGGGAAACCUGCCUCUACCCCACCGUCGUCGUCAGGAAGUCCUUUUCUGUUGUUGGCAUGAUCGGGGCGGCGGUGUUCCUGGUGGCAGCAGGAUACACAGGCUGUGACUACACCUUGGCUGUGAGCUUCCUCACCAUCUCCGCCGCUCUAGGCGGAGUGUCGGCCUCUGGCUUCAACAUCAACCACCUUGACAUUGCUCCAUCGUAUGCUGGUAUUCUCCUGGGAAUCACAAAUACCUUUGCCACCAUUCCUGGCAUGGUGGGACCAGUCAUAGCAAGAGAACUCACCAAACAGAACACCUUGGAAGAAUGGCAGACUGUUUUCUACAUCGCUGCUGCCAUCAACCUGUUCGGAGCGCUGUUCUACACCCUGUUGGGCCGAGGAACGGUGCAGCCCUGGGCUGUCCACACGUCCUACUCUCACGGAGACUGAGGGCGACAGCGAGCGCCAAACUCGUCCGCCUGACAAAUCUGAAUCAUCAAAAUGGGAAGAAGUCUCAAUCGUGGACUUGUUUAACGGGUAACGUCAGCGAGAGAUGUUGCGGCUGUGCAGACAAAGCUCUCAAAGCACAGCUAACCCACUGAUUAAGCCAUUUUACCCUCGUGGGUGUUCUUUACCGUGACUGCAGGGACUCAAUAGUCUGUUUGCAGUCACGGCAAUGAACAAAGAAAAUCACAGUUUCAGUGAGAUUAGUAUUUCUUGGAGGCAAAUAUAAUCAUCGAGCAAGCAGCCACAGUUAGCGUUAUUAUACUCGUCAUUAUCUGAGGAUUAUAAAUUAGGUUAUAGAGCCACGAGCUGCCUGAGCUCAGGUAAAUAAGCUAUGAUAGACUAAUUAUCCCAAACUUCAGGUUUGACAGUUAACGGCUCGUCUAAAUUUGGUAUUUAGUUCUUCUUUUACCCGAGAACUCCAGUUAUUUUUUAUUAUUGUUUUAUUGCCAUAUAAAAAGCUUAAGAAGUAUUUUAUCUUCUUCACGUGUGUGUGUGUAAAGUUUGGGAGAACACAAAAUGUGCAACCUAUAACUAAGUGCCAGUAAGUUAAAGUGUUCGCAAAGUAGACACACAUUUGAUAACGUCUUUUUUUAAAAGACACAUCACGCACAUCCACUUAUUUGGGAAAAGCCUUAUAGAGAAGCCUCCUUUAAAGGAUUUUAAAGCUCUUCGUCUUUCUUGUGAUUGCAAAUGGACCAUUUUUUUUGUAUUUACUUGCCAUAUGUUGCGGUUAAGGGAUUUUUUUUAUUGUUUCAUGUCACGUCCACCAGGCACCUCUUUUUAUUGUAGUCAGCAGCUCUAAUACAUGUUAAAUACGGGUCUUGAUAUUUUCAUUGUGUAACACUAAGAAGAUGCUGGAUGCUUUUCUAAAGAAGGGACAGAUGCAGAGUGCUUUAAAAGAGGUUCCCGGUGGACACGGAGCCUUAUUUUAUUCACGGGAUUUGCACUUUGGGUGUUAAUUCUCAGGUGUCUUAUGUCUUACGAGGAUUUAAAAGGAUGUUUUUUUUAUUUUUUACAAAUUGAGAUGUGUGUCCUUUAACUUUUAAGUGUCAACUGGAUUAGAUCCCAUUUCAAAUAGCAUGAUACACAACUGAAAAUCUGCAGUCACCACCGUUGCUGUGUUAACUCUCAGUCUUACAUUUUCAUCAUUUUGUUUGCACUUAUCAGGUCACAUGUAUACAACACAUAAUGACAAUAGAACGGUCACAGUUCAGCCAGAAGGGAAACAUUUUGUUCCUAGUCGUAGUUUUCUGUUCACAAGUAGCAGCGUCGUCCCAGUUAAACAUGUAAUGCACAGGUGUGCCUUAUUACAUCAUCUUAAAUGGGGUUAGACAACUCAGCACUGGAAACUUUAGUUACAUUACUCUCACACACAGAAUGAAGGGACUUAUAUUCAGUACUGACAGGGUACUCAUUGUAAACUUUCCACCUGGAAACAUUCCAGAAACAUUCAUGUAUUGUAAAUACUCCUGUACGACAUAUACAGCUGUACUCAAAUCUGAUGUUGUGUUCGUUAAUUAUUUCGUUAUAUUGCAUCUGUCACCGUGGGAACGACGUGCUUCUCAUUCAUUGCAGUUCUAAUUACACGUGAGUCUGAAAAUGUGAGAGAAAAUCAAAUUAAAACAUUUUGUUAACCUCUUCAACUAA